CCGGUACUUACAGCAUUGUAUAGCAAUCCUGCUUUGUACAUACAGCUGCUUUACUCUGCAUUGAAUGCACUGUAGUGAGGCUGCUCUGUCAUUAAACAUAAACUGAUCCUCAUCUUUAAGUACACUGGAAGCUGCAAAUUAUCUCAAGAUCACUUCAAAGGUCUCAUCAAACAGAAGGUGACGUUAGGAGAUGAUUUAAAGGUGAAAAUGACAAGGUUUCCACCCCUCAAACCUUAGCCACUUUUCUGACAACACAGUCUGAGAGCUCAGAUGUCUCCUUUACUCUGGGAAUAGGAUUGGUGACGAAAAAGAGAAUUUUUUUUUUAAUCCUGAUAAAGAAGAUUAUUGGGAAGCUAUUUAAAAUUCCUUAUUGUGGUACAGAUGGAUUUUAAAAAGUGUUAGAUCUUUCCAAUGAACACUAAUAGAGUACUCUGCUCUUGGCUGGAUUACUCAGAGAAUGGCGAUGGUCUCUACAAUGUCUUGGGUCCUGUAUUUGUGGAUAAGUGCAUGUGCAAUGCUGCUCUGUCAGGGGUCUCUUCAUCACACUUUCCAGCAGCAUCACCUGCACAGACCAGAAGGAGGAACGUGUGAAGUUAUAGCAGCACACAGAUGCUGUAAUAAGAAUCGAAUUGAGGAAAGAUCACAAACAGUAAAAUGCUCCUGCCUCCCUGGGAAAGUGGCCGGGACAACACGAAACAGACCUUCCUGUGUCGACGCUUCUAUAGUGAUUGGGAAAUGGUGGUGUGAAAUGGAGCCCUGCCUAGAGGGAGAAGAAUGCAAGACAUUACCUGAUAAUUCUGGAUGGAUGUGUGCAACUGGCAAUAAAAUCAAGACCACCAGAAUUCACCCAAGAACCUAAUAGCGUCUCCUGGAUGAGAGAACCACUGAUUUACAGAGGACAACAUAUUCAAAAUGUAAACCAUCUCAAGCAUUUACAAGCCAAAUGGAUUUCUUAUUUGCACUUUGACUGUUGACCAGAUAAUAACAGUGGCUUUACUGUGUGAAAUAAAAUAUUCUAUGGAAAUAAUGCCCCAGAUUUUUGACAACAGAAAAGAAAAAUGAAGAAAAAUGGUUCUUUGGUAAAGUUUUCGUGAUGAUGAAGUAUGAACAAUAGUCUUAUACGUUUGGAUCUACAAUUUACUUUAUACCAUUUAAAAGUAUAGAUAUAAAUAUAUAUGAUAUUUUGAAAUAAAGCCUCACUCUUCAAGAAAUUAAAUAGUACCACACUUUGCUGGAGCUGCUGGAAUACCGGUUUUUAAUGAUCUGGAAUACACCUACCAGUUUCAGAGCAGUCAAAAGGGAGAGCAAACCCGCUGCAGCACCAGGACACCUGGAGCUACCAGAAUCAUGAAGAUGUUGUGUCAAGAGCUUCCUUUUUCUUUCAACAGAGUAUUGGAGAGAAUUACGUUAUUCCAUUUUCUUGUGUUCUGGAGGCUUUUCCCCCCUUGUGCAAUACUAGCAUGCUGGCUUUACUUACAUAACUAUACUUUAUACUUAACAAUGAUGAGUCUAUCCUCUUCCAGGAAAAUAUUUUUAGAGCUAUUAGAUAUUCCGUGAAGAAGAGAAGGACAGCUCUUGAAUAAAAUACAGUAUGUAUUAAGAGUUUAUUUGGCAGAGUUUGGUAGACUGCGGGCUGCCUUCUUAUUAAAGGUGUACAACAAACAACGUCUUCAGACUUUGUAGAGGUGGCACAGACUCCAGUGAAAAUGUGAUUGCUAACUCCAAAGUUUUGCAUUGUUUACUCGAGAAUACAAAAACUGAUUUUGUUUCUUAGUGUUUGAUUAAGAUGAGUUGGGAUUUGCACAAGGUUUGAUUCUUGCUAGCACAUCUGGGUUGCUGCUGUCUUAGUCCUUCCUAUAGACAAACUUGCACUGUUUAAUUAAACUGGUUUACUUAAACCGAUGAAACCCCCCGUCUGGACCCUCUUAUUUCAGUUUGAGUGGCUUAUUUUGGUUUAGCUUAAACCUAAUUCACUGAAGCUCAACUGAAAAAAGCAAAAAGAAAAGGCGGACUUGUGGCACCUUAGAGACUAACAAAUUUAUUUGAGCAUAAGCUUUCGUGAGCUACAGCUCACUUCAUCGGAUGCAUUCAAUCUACUCUGUCAACUGAUAUAGGACACUCUUAAAACAAAAUAAGAGUUCCCAUGCAGGGGUUUGUGCCAGUUUAACAAAAUCAGUUUAAAUUGACACCUUUGAUUAAAGCAAUGUAGCUCUCUGUGUAGGAAAGCUCUUAGAAUGAUUAGGACAGAGGUAGAACCUCAGGGCCAGAAUUUAUGUUUGUGAAUAUUUACUCACAUGAGUAGUCCCUUUAGUGGGAGUACUCAUGUGAAAAAGUGCUUGCCAACGUGCAUGAAGGCUACACAGUCAAGCCUUGGGUAUUUGUAAAUUGAAGAGGUGUAUGGAAGUGAAGAAGGCAUUUUAUCCAGUCCCACUUUCUCUUCUUUAGUAUUUUCAGUUUCCUUUCACCCUAGUUACCUGUGUCUCACAAGACCGCCUUCACCCAGACUAAUCAGUUGUAAUCCAGUGUAGAAUAACAGCUGAGCUCGCUGACCCAAAGUCAGUCAAAAUUAUCCCACCAGCUUUCUUCCUCCUCUAGGGCAACCACUUCAGCACCUGAUAUUUCAGGAGGUGGAAAUUUGUCACUGUAAUUACAGGGUGUAUUAAAGCAGCAGUGCCAAGCAUCACACCAGAUUCCACAUGGACUUUAUAUGCUGGUAACUGGAGUGUUGAGCCUCAAAAUAAAAAUGGAUGUAUUGCUUUGUAAGCAGUAAUUUACCACUCUCUCCCUUUUGAAUAGAUAUUUGGCCAGUUUCUGUAAGAUCAAAACAUGCCUGAACACCUUUUUUCUCGGGUGUAUUCUGAGAUCAGAAUCAGGCCAUAAAAGUUAAUGCUGGUUUUUUUCAACAGUCUUCCUCCCCUUCCCCACCUGCCCAUUUUACUUUUAGUCCAACAAAUACCUUUCCCCGUCACUCUUGUCAAUAGCUCUUAGGGCUGAGUCCCGAGAUCCUUGCUCAAUCAAUCUCCUAUUGAAAUCAAAGAGAAUUUGUCAUCAUAAGGCCUGAGGUCUUGCCUACAUGGGGGGGACAAAUUAACUAACAGUGUGAAUUAAAAGUGGAUUGGUUAAACUGAAUUAAACCCGUGUGGAUACUCUCAUUCAGAAUUAAAGUGGACUUAGUCUGAUCUAAUUUAAUUCACUUUGAAACUGAAUUAAAGUAAACUGUAUUAGGCCACUUUAAUUCUGAAUGAGAGUAUCCAUACAGGGGGGUAAUGCAGUUUAAUUAAUCCACUUUUAAUUCACACAUUCCGCUAAUUGAGGCUAACUUUCCUGAGGUCCCCAUGUAGACAAGCCCAUGGAUAAACACCAAGCAAAGACAUCUGGAUUUGGCCCUUAGGAGGACAUCCACUCUCCACUUCCAUGUCCCUGGAGAUUCCCCUGGGUAAUAGAACAGAUGUGGCUCAGCUAUGCGUGGGAGAGUCUAGCUAGCGGCAUGAGUGUCUUGCACCAGAUGUGCUCCCAUUGCACAGCACAUAGACCAUCAGGGCUGGGAGUUCUUGUGUGGCAGUGUCCAGUGGUCAGGAAGCCUGGGCAGGUCCAGUAAUCUUCUGGUCCUCUGCCUGUCUGGGCUGCAGAGAUCUAGAUCAGCCAAUAAAAUGAAGUAGCCUAGUGGAGUGGCUCUGUGGGUGCUCCAAGCCAUGGUUGGGAAUUUCUUCCCCCCUCCUCCCAUUCUCUUUGCAGAGAGACCCACCUCACAGUCACACCUUCAGGCUGGGUAGUGGGUCCCUGGGUUUAGCCCUCAGAAAAUCAACUGGUAAGAGUGCUGCCAUGAGCUGAAUGAGUGGGCCUGAUUCUGGUCUCAGUUACAAUAGUGUAAGUGAAGAGCAACACCACUGAAGUAAAGCAUCAUCACUAUUUAUUUGUACUAUGGUAGCACCUUAAAGCCCCCAGCUGAGAUCUUUAUGCUAGGCACUAUACACCCACAUGAUAAGAUUCAGUCCCUGCUCCCAGAGAACUUCCGAUCCAAGUGGAAGAGGCAGACAAAAUGUGGGAGACAGAGAGAGCCCUAUUUUGCACAUGACAAACGGAGGCACAGAACAGUUAAGUCUGUCCAAGUUCACACAUCAGUUGAAGAGACAGGACUCCGAACUCCUUAGUCUUAGAGCAGUGCCUUAACAACAAGACAUCUUUUUCGCAGCUGUAACUCAGAUUAGAAUCUGACCCCUUUAGCUUGUCUCCCAAACCCAAGGUCCAAGAGUGAGAUACUUGCCAUCUUUUGUCUCCCGUGACCUGAACUCUGACUGAUCAUGUAAAAGUAACUGUAAUGCUUGGGUCGGAGGUGGAUUACCAUUUUGUGGGGCCCUGGGCCAGAGCAAGUGCAAGCCCCUCCCGACCUCUUCCGCCUCCAGUUGGCCUAGUGGCUAAUCUGCCACUGGCUUGGGUCAGCAAAAUUUUGCUUACUGAAGGAUGAAAAUACUAAGCCUGCUAAAAUUAUAGAGAAGGAAAUAUUGUUUAUAAGAAGCAAAGUUUCUUGGGCAUGCUCAUGAUUUUCUCUUUGCCAGUUGGCAGCAUCAAAUAUCACCCCACCAAAUUCAUUAAACAUCUGCAAUUCUUUGAAGUUACUGCAAACUCUGCAUAUCACAUGCAGUAUUAAGAAAUUUCUGUUUCAGUUAAAACGAUUAGGAAAAAAAUGAGACCAUGACCAUAAGAUCAUAAGAGCCAUAAUGGGUCAGACCAAAGGUCCAAAAUAAUGACUAACAAAAUGCAAAGUCAAAUUAGGAUGCAGGCAACCUUCAUUUUUUCAGUGUACCCUCCUGAACAAAAAAUUCCUACCAGCCUAGUGGCACAAUGAUUGCAUAUUUCAGUGAUAUACAGGAUAAAGCCUUGUGUAUUGGAAAAGUCUUGGAGUUCCUUUCUUCCUUGGCUGAUGGAAUAUUGGUUUUUUGAGGGCAUGGUUCUCUGGAUCCUCAUGAGAGGACACGAGUCAUGCCAUUCUUUGCACAUCCAUAAAGGAGUAUUGACAUCAUCCUAAGAGGAAACUAAAGUUCCUGCUUUCUGGCAUAGGUACAAACGCAGUGAUGCCGGUGGGAGGGAAAUUAAAUAUUUGUAAAUGUACUGGAGAUAAAUUUUGACUUGUGUCAGCGUUUCUUCUUCAGAUAUGUGAAACAUGAAGCUGUUGUUUAAAUCUAAUGUGUACAAGUUGGAGAAACGUUUAAAAUAUGGCUGCUACCAUCUGCCUAUUGAUUCAGAUAAUUUAAAUGAUGUACUUUUUAUCCAAAAUCUCUGGUAAUAAAGAGCUCAGUGUGGUAUGAUUUUAA